CUCGCCUCUUUCCCCACGCCGCCUGCUUCCGGUGAGAAGUAUAGCAGUGAGCUACUCCUACAACGGAGUGACCGAUCUACCACCACCACCCCACACCCACACGCCGCUCGCCCUCGUCUCGAGAUCUCUGGCGCUUCCCAUGAAUCCCCACCCCCUCCGCCUCGGCGCGCUCUUGGCGGCCCUCGUGCUUGCCGCCGGCGGCGGGUGGUGGGGCCGUGCGGAGGCGUCGAUCCACACCUACGGGCGCGAGUCGUUCCGCGAGGUGGGCAACGCUUUCCUCCUCUCCGGCGGCAGCGAGGGCAUCGUCGCCGACGGGGCCGAUCUCGCCGCCCCCGCCUCCUCCUUCAUCAAGUUUGUGAAUGUUACUUUCUGGAGGAACGCAGAAUCAGCAGAAUCACAUGCAAAAAUGGCACAUAGUACAGGCUUGGUGCAAGCUAUUUUAUUUGAAGCAGCUGACAGGGAUAACAUUGGGGGUUCUGCCUAUGGUGGACAGAGGUCCAUUUGUUGCACCCCUGACCUUGCUAAACUAGAGGGCUGCAAACAAGGUGAAGUAAUCAGGAGGCCAUCUUCUGAUGACCCAGAUUGGCCUGUCGUGGUAGAUACACACUUCAGUGCUAAUCACCUUUCAGUGAAGUUGGAUGACGAGGAAGUUCACAUUACAAAGACAGGCAUGUACAACUUGUUCUUCAUUUCUUGUGAUCCAAAACUAAGGGGCCUUGCUAUGAGUGGGAAGACAAUCUGGAGAAAUCCUGGGGGGUACCUACCAGGACGAAUGGCACCUCUGAUGAGAUUUUAUGUUUUCAUGUCGCUGGCAUAUCUGUUAGUCAUGGUUGUCUGGUUUAGCAAUUACAUAAGGUUUUGGAGGGAUAUACUGCCAAUACAGAAUUGGAUCACACUAGUAAUUGCUCUUGGACUGUUUGAGAUGACACUAUGGUACUUUGAGUACUUAAACUUCAACAGCAGCGGUGUACGACCUGUCGGAAUUACAACUUGGGUUGUAACUGUUGGCGCUAUCAGAAAAACAAUUUCCCGUCUACUGAUCCUUUCUAUAUCCAUGGGAUACGGUGUUGUUCGCCCAACUCUAGGAGGGCUCACCUCUAAGGUUUUACUCCUUGGGCUUACAUAUUUCCUGGCUUCUGAAUUACUGGAUAUUUCAGAAAAUGUUGGAACAAUUAAUGACAUCUCAGGCAAAGCAAAGCUUUUCCUUGUCCUUCCUGAUGCAUUUUUGGAUGCUUUUCUCAUACUUUGGAUUUUCACUUCUCUUUCCCGCACUCUCGAGAAAUUACAGGCAAGGAGGAGUUCUGUGAAAUUGGAUAUAUACAGAAAGUUCACAAAUGCACUGGCGGUCUCUGUCAUAGCUUCAGUUGUCUGGAUUGGCUAUGAGGUCUAUUUCAAAGCAACAGAUCCCUUUAGUGAGAGAUGGCAGAGUGCCUGGAUCAUAACAGCCUUCUGGGACAUUCUUGCAUUUGUUUUGCUUAUUGUGAUAUGUUAUUUGUGGGCACCUUCCCAAAGCUCACAAAGGUAUGCAUAUUCAGGCGAAACUGUCGACGAUGACGAUGAUGAGGCUCAGUCUCUGACAAAAGGGUCUGAUGGUGAUGUGGGGAUGGUAAAGAUCGACAAAGACAGAAAUGCUGGUGUUAGCAGUGCUUUCAGCUUGGAAGAUGAUGAGGCUGAAGAGGACAAAAGAGAAUAGUAUUUCUUCCCUUGUUCCUUGUGCCCAGGUACCCCAGAAGCAAGUGGUUUGUUGGAGCGAGAAUGUUCCAUGGGUUCGAGUGUUUUUUUGGUGAUUCGAUGUCCUCUGAUGUUCCUACCUUAGACAGGUUUUGUUGUAGAAGCGUGUGAUUUUUACCCACACCGUGGAAGUGUGAUGACCCGUAUGGGGUGUGGGUCGGUGCUUGACUUUGAAGUGCCAGUGUGACAUUGCCCUCGUCUCGAGAAGGAACCCCAUACCAGAUUAGCGCUGAUGGGAACCGCUGAGGAGCCCCAUCCCAGGUUGGCGCCGAUGGGAACAGCUGGCGAAGCACCUCGUUGUCUUCGGGAGUGAAGACCAGUGUACUGUGAGUUGGACCAUGGCGGAGGUGCCCCUCUUGACCAUACGGUGAUUCAAAAUCGCCUCCCUAAGCAGGGUAGUUUCUGUCAAAUCAGGUGCCCGUGGAAGCUCGGAGAAGACGAGCGUGUAAUCAGGCGCGAAUGCUGGGAGACAGAAUACCAGGUGGAUACGGCUUUCCCGUGGCAGUGUUAGCUUGUACACCAGAUUUCCCACCUUCUGCUCGAUUUCUGGUGGCAGUGCGAGCUUGUACGCCAGACUUCACCUUCUGCUCGACGCCCGGGUGGUUCGUUUACCGUGGACUGGACGUACGACUGCAGCCAUGAGGACACGAUCCCCACGGCAUAUGUUGAAAUUUUCAUGUGCAUGAAUGCAUGUUGUGGUGGGCCUUUUGCCAUGCA